CCGGCUGUGCGAGCUCGGCUCAGCUCAGCUCGGGGCGGGGCCGGGCCGCGCCGCCCUCCCACAGCCAGCGGGGGAGGAGGCCGCGCAGCCACAGGUGAUAUGCCCUCACAGGCCGCGGGGAGGCGGUGGCUUCCCCCACUGCCCAACAAGGCGCCCGGCGAUUGGCUAGCGGGCGCGGCGGCGGCGCGGCGAUUGGCUGAGAGGCGGCGCGAACGGAAAAGCGGUGAGGGAAGGGGCUGAGGGAGGCCCCGGCUGCCAACCCACCUGCCCGGCCAUGGCGUCUGGCAGCGCGGCCGGACACUCGACGCUGAAGAGAUGCCUUGGCGUGCUCAGAGACGCGAAGAACGACAGCGAGCAGUUCGCGGCCCUGCUCCUGGUGACCAAGGCGGUUAAAGCCGGAGAACUGGAUGCAAAGACCCGUCGCCAGAUCUUUGAUGCGAUUGGAUUCACAUUUCCCAACCGCCUGCUCACCUCCCGGCAGCCCCCGGCCGGCUGCCCCGAGGACACCUUCCGGGCACUGGGCCUCACGCUCCUGGCCUGUUUCUGCACCGAUCCGGAGUUAGCUGGUCACUCCCAGAUCCUGAACAAGAUCCCAACCUUCAAUGACAUCCUGGUUUCCCCCCGCAAUCCGGACAGCACGUCCAUGGUCGAUGAUGUGUACCAGUGUCUGAGCGCUGUCAUGGCCACUACCAGGGGCCCCAGAGAGUUGGUGACCAAAGGGACGGUGUCUGCUCUCUGCCAGGCCUACCUGAAUGGCAGUUAUGGCUCUGACCGUGCCUUGACGCUGCUCUUGGGGCUGUUGGCCGUAGCAGAGGCGAGGUGCUGGCAGAGAGACGCUCCACACCUCCUGGCCGUGCUGAGCAAGCUCUCCGAUGAUUUUCUCAAGGCUGAAGACAUGACCAAAUUUGAGUUGUGUGAGGUUUUGCCUCACUUCAUCCCCCUGUCGCCACCCCUCACGCAGGACUCGCAGGGCUGCGAGUGCCUCCACAGACUUUACAAAGGGCUGGCAAACGUCUUGGGCAGCAAACUCAGCCAGUCACAGCGGGACCCUGCUCUGAAGCUUGCUGCCUGCCUCGUGCAGGCCUGCGGGUCGGAGUGGAUCCCAGCAGGGAGUGCUGGGAGCAAGUUCCUGGCCUUGCUGGUGAACUUGGCCUGUGUGGAGGUCCGCCUGACCCUAGAGGAGCCAGAUCCCUUGGAGGUAGAGGGGAAGAAAGAAGUGGUAACAGCCUGCUAUGUCCUUAUUGAGACGGGGAUCCAGGAGUGCCUGAGAGAAGAGAAGCCGCUACUAGAAGAGGUGCAGAAAAUGCAGCUCAUGAGGAUCAUGGAGGAGGCAUUUGGAGCUGUCAUGUUCUACUUGAGACAGGUUAAACAGGAGGAGCUACAAGAUCCUUUCAUAUUUGCUUCUGUUCGCAUCCUUGGAGCCUGGAUGGCAGAAGAGACGUCCUCCCUCAAGCAGGAAAUCUGUGAGCUCUUGCCUUUCCUUGUUGGUUACGCCAAGAAGCUUUUCAAAGAGGGCAGCCCAGCUGGGAGUCUUCCACAGCCAGAGCUGGUCAGCACAGAGGGCUCUGGCUUACCCCGGGAUGCUCUGAGAUUUCUGCUACCUGGCUUUUGCCAUUUAACAGCAGAGGACAGGCCCCGGGACAUCCUCAUCUCAGAAGGAGCACCAGCACUGCUGUGUGAGUACUUCCUCCAUCAGUGGGAGGUGCUGAUGGCUGAGCCCACGUCCCCGACUCCACUGACAAGCACUGAAAUGAGCCUGCAGACAGCGUGUGGGAUUUUCCUCAACCUGGUUGUGACAGCACCAGAUCUCAUCAGGCGAGACAAAACCUUUUCCUCCUUGAUGGAGCUGUUGCUGAAGGCUCUUCCGCUUCUGCUGCCCCAGAAAGAUCGCCUGGUUCUAGCAGCCAACGUGGCCACGCUGGGCCUGAUGAUGGCCAGGAUCCUCGCGAGUUCAGCAGUUCUUCGGGACACCCAAUCUGCCAAGGACUUUUUCGGAGCUGCCAUUCUCUUCCUCUCCCAGGCCCACACCUCCCAGGCAGAUCCUGGCAGCGAGGGCUUGGUCGUGGCCGUAUCUCCUGCCUACAUGGACACCUGGGCUGACAUCCAGGAGCUCUGGUUCCUGGGGAUGCAGGCCCUGGCCGGCUCCAUCCCGCUUUUCCCUUGGCUCCCACAGACCAUCCUCCAGACCCGGUGGCUGGAAAACCUCUCAGAGCUCCUGACCCACGUCUCUCCAGCCUCAGUGGAUUUUGAGCUCAUCUCUGCUUUCCAGGGUGUGUUGGUGGAGCUGGCCAGGGCCAGCAGGCCCUGCAGGGACAUCAUCCUGUCACACCAGGGCGGGGAGUGGGCCAACCUCUACGGGAUGGCAGCUUUGGAACAGUGUCUGUCUGAGCAGUGAGGAGCCAGCAGCACCCCCCUGCAGGAAAUGAAGCCACACACAGAUCUGUUCAACGUUUCUCACACACCCUUUGGUACUGGGUAGGGACAAAAAUAAAGCAUUGAAAUCACCAAACUUUAUAAAAAGGGGAGUGAUGCAGCAGAGCUCAGUGGGAUCUGCACCGUGACGUGCAGAACCUUUGCUGCCUCAGAACACUUCACCACGCACCUCCUUGACCUUCUGUCCAUAUUUCUUUUUUAAAAACAGCCUGGUUUAUAAUUAAAGAUGUUUUUUGAUGCCUUGUUUGUCAAA